AUGGACGAAGACGAUGGUGGCCUCGGGGCUAUUGAAUUCUCUGACUCGGAAAUCGAGGCGGACCCCGUUAAGAAGAAGAAUGCUCGCACGGAUCAGACGGAGCAGGAUUUUCAGCUCGUCAAGGAUACCUAUUCUGCCAAAGUCGAGAAUGGAGAGAUCUACAAAACGCUUCAGCUGCCUUUGCAAGCCGGAGCAAACAAGCAGCAUGUGCAAGAAGUGUUACACGCAGCAGAGGAACUCUACUUCUUCCAGAAGUUUGAAAGCUGUAUUAAGUUCACAGAGGAUGUGCUGCAAGGCUCGAAAGAGGCGCUAGGAGAUGAUACAGUUCGCUUGCUGGAAAGGUAUUUGGGUAGAUGUAAGGAUAAGCUGGAGACUGCAAAGAACUGA